AUGUACGGCGGUGACUCGCCAUUGAAUCUUGUCCGAGCCGACUUUUCGUCAUUGAAACAUGUUGAGGAUAUUUUGAAUGAAACAAAAAUUUAUAUCGGUCAAAUGAAAUAUGAUGUCCGUCCAUAUUAUCAACCAGUUCGUGUUAACAAAUGUAUGAAAUGUUUUAGUCAUGAGCAUCGAACAAUACAUUGUAAUAAACCACAAAUAUGUAUCCGUUGUGGGCUGCAGCAUCCGUUUACAAACCUCGGCUGUACAAAUCCUGCUAAAUGUGUCAAUUGCCAAGGCGAGCAUUCGGCAGGCCAUCCCUCGUGUCCUGUUGUACAACAGAAACGCAAGCUACUGGCUGAACGUCAAAAAAUUAAUCGUGCUGAAUUAUUAGUGCGAAAGUCGCAACUGCAACGAUACAACACGGUUUCUGAUUAUAAUGAUGAUGUUCCUGCCUUCUCACCAUCGUUAUCAUCAGUGCCUCCAGUUCUAGCCAGAGGUAGUUACGCUGCAGCUUAA